AUGAAUGCAUUUUUUCUUCUGAUCGUAGUUUUUUUUUUCCUAGGAUUAUGUAAAAACGAACACAAUGGAACAUUUGGCAGAAAUAAAUCCAAAAAGCUCGAAAUGAUUUUUAACUCUAAGGAUUUAAUAAGUAAAAUAGAGGAAAAACCUAUGAAGAUUCAGUACAUAACUUAUAUUUACCAUAGUUCAAUGUGUUCCUAUUGUAGUAAAGUAACUGAUGUCUUGAAAAGCAAUGAAAAUGUGGAAAUUAUUAAAUUUGAUGAAGACAGCAAAGUAGAAGAAUUAGUAAAAACAGAUAAACCAAUAGUCGUUUUGAUGAAAAAUAUAAAUAAAGGAAAUGCAGUUGAUAGAAGUAUCUUUUACACAGAGCUUUUUGAGAAAGGAGGGAAAAUUCAAGUCCCAGCGCUGGAAAUAGAUAAUUUCAUCAUGUUCGAAUCGGAUGAAAUUAUUAAGUUUUAUAAACAUUUGCUGGAAAAAGUAGAUGGUAGUGAGAAUGGAAGUGAGAAUGGUAGUGAGAAUGGUAGUGACAAUGGUAGUGACAAUGGCAGUGACAAUGGCAUUGACAAUGGCAGUGACAAUGGCAGUGACGGUGACAGUGAGAAUGACAAUGACGGUGACAGUGAGAAUGGCAAUGACGGUGACAGUGAGAAUGGCAAUGACGGUGACAGUGAGAAUGGCAAUGACGGUGACAGUGAGAAUGGCAAUGACAAUGAGUAUGACAGUGACGAUGACAAUUUUGAGGAAUCAGAAGAAUGA